GGAUACCGUGCGGAGUUUAGUUCUGUUAGUAAACUGUACACAGGAAAUUCUACACUGCAAACAUGGUGGAGAAAUUUGUAGGAACAUGGAAGAUGGUGUCCAGCGAGAAUUUUGACGAGUACAUGAAGGCUCUGGGUGUGGGUUUUGCCACUCGUCAGGUUGGAAACAGGACCAAACCCAACUUUAGCCUCACUGUGGAAGACCAGGGAAUGAUCUGCAUGAAAUCGCAGAGUACCUUUAAAACCACCGAGGUCAAAUUCAAGCUGAAUGACCCUUUUGAGGAGACCACCGCUGAUGAUAGAAAGACCACGACCGUGGUGAGCCUGGAGAGUGGAAAACUGAUACAGAAACAGACCUGGGAUGGCAAGGAGACGACACUAGAGAGAGAAAUAACUGAUGGAAAAUUAAUAGCGACAUGCAAGAUGGGAGAUGUGGUGGCAGUGAGGACAUAUGUAAAAGAGUAACAUGGAAAUCAUCUACACUGAUUUAAAGACACCGGCUCAGUUCAAUGAGCAGUAAUGCCGAAGAGUCCUAUUCAUUUUCUUUUUUUUUGUUUUGUUUUUGGACACCAAAGUCAGUGUAUGCACUGUAUUUUAAAAUGCAUUAAAAUGAAUUGUUGUGGUGCUUUAAAUAAAGAUGUGAUUUGAUCAAA